AUGGCGCCCCUGAGCUCCCUCAGCCCCGCAGCCCCGGCCUACAUCCCGCAGAGGGCCGCGCCAUGGAUCCCGCCUCCGCCCGUGCCUGGUUUCACGACGUACAUCUGCAUGGCCCCGCCGCCGCUGCCGCCGCCGGAGUUCUUACCGUGGCCGCCCCUGGCUCCACCUCCGCCUCCGCCUUGCUGGGGCAUCCCGCAGGCCGCUUGCGUCCCGGGGGUGCGGGGACCGUUCCAUGGCGGCGUGGUGCCGCACGGAGCGAUGCCCAUGAUGACCCCCUCUCGGUCUGCUCCAAGUGCCCGGCCACGCGGCCAUCUCAAGGACUCGGCAGGGAUGCGACGAGCGGCGGGUCCGGCGGCAGCCGCGGCGUCCUACGGCGUGAAGGCCGCCGCGGACGCGAAGGAUGCGGCGGCGACCAACCAGCCGUCCCCGCGCUCUGUGCUCGCGGUCGCUGCUCCGAGCCCGCCCAUCUCGCCGACGACGUCCCUCCCUUCGUCGUUCCCGUACCAGCUGGUGCUCCCUGCGCCGCCGCCGGCCUCUGCAGCGGCGCCUUCCCCCGCCGAGGGCAGCGUGGCUGUCCGUCCACCGCAGAGACGCGGCCGGCGGCUGCGCGGGCCGAGUCGUGCGCGGCCGGCUUCCAGAGUGCUAGUGCGCCGCACCGUCAAGCCUCGGCGGCUAUUCGACCCUACCUCUGAGCGGACUAGCCUCAUGAUCCGAAACAUUCCUAAUGAUUUCACGAGGACGAGGCUGAUGAACAUCCUCGAUGAACACUGCUUCAUUGAAAACGAGAAGAUCGCGCUGGGCGGGGUGAGGUCGGAAUACGACUUCCUCUACCUGCCUAUCGACUUCCGGAGCCUUGCCAACAAGGGCUACGCCUUCGUAAACAUGACUUCGCCGGAGGCCGCCCGCCGGCUCUGGGAGGACCUCCACGGGCACCCAUGGGCUUUCAAGCGCAGCGGCAAGACCUGCGCGGUGGACUACGCUGACCGAGAGGGGCGUGACCAGUUGGUCGAGCAUUUUUCUGGGUCGCGCUUCGACUGCCACACCGAGGCGUACCUGCCGGUGCGUUUCGAGCCUCCGCGGGACGGCACCCGGCCGGCGGACGGCGCGAUGCAUGUCGUCGGCAGGCUCGCCGCCCGCCCCCGCGCUGGAGAUGGGAAGUAA